AUGACUGUCAUUCCUCGUAUUCUCGCCGUUUUCGCCAUCGUCGCGUCUGCCACAGCUACCUCCUCCAAAUCGAACUCGGGCUCCAGUUCCAGCUGCAGUUCGAACGAGUUCUGGUUCUCCUUCAAGAGCUGCUGUCUCGCGGCUGGGACCACUUACUCCAAGGGCUCCGCCCCUUCGGAGAAGACUUGCCCUACCUCCAGUGGUAACUGGUACUGGUCCGACGAGAAGUCCUGUUGUUUGCCCCAGAGCGAGCCUGAGGAUGACAAUCCAAGCUGCCCGUCGACCCACGAAUGGGAUUCCGGCAACUCUUGCUGCAACCAAAAGAGGGACACCACCACCACCGUUACAUCCUCGACGCACACCACCUCGACGCACACCACUUCGACCCCCACAUCGUCCGCCCCUGCCACGACUGGUUCCUCCACCUGCUCUAACUCAGAGUUCUGGUUCGAGCCGAAGAGCUGUUGCUUGACCCCCGGUUCCAGUGAUGGCAAGGGCUCUCCUCCCUCCGGCAAGUCGUGCCCUACCUCGGAUGGUGAUUGGUACUGGUCCAACAACAAGUCCUGCUGCCUCCCCAAGACCAAACCCUCCGCCCCGACCCCGACUUGCUCUUCCGGAUGGUCUUGGGAUCACAGCAACAGCUGCUGCAGCGGCGGCGGUUCUAGCACUACGACCUCUUCUAACCCCGGCCCAUCCCAGAAGUCGCACAAGAAGCGUAGUCAUGCGUCUCGCGGCUCUACUCUCUGCCCCACUGGCCUCGAUGCGUGCCCCAUCAAGGGCGCCCUCGGACUUUCCUCCGACUACGAGUGCAUUGAUACCACCCAGGAACUCGAGUCUUGUGGUGGUUGUGCCUCGACUGGCGCUGGUCAAGACUGCACUGCUAUCGAGGGCGCUUGGAACGUUGCGUGCAAUGCUGGCGCUUGCGCAGUCUACAACUGCAUGAGUGGCUACAGGCUCGCCGCCGACAAAUCCUCUUGCGUCGCUUUGUAA